CGUUUACCACGUAGUUGUUCAGGAUGAAUUGUUGCAUAGAUCAGGUGCCUUUCUUUAUCUUUCAAGAACACUUCGAUAAUACAGAUAACACGAUUGUCUUAUAGUUUUGUUCGCUGCCAAUAAAACAAUACCUUUCAUAUUAGUUUUGACUACGGUUGGGGGCAGAAGACUCGUCAAGAUUGAUUUGAGCAAAUGAAGCUUACUAAAAUUCUAUCAAAGAAAAUGAUGUGGAAGAAGGCUACUAUAGCGUUGUUAAUUGCGUGCAUUUUGUUGCAGCAAGUGUCAGCGCGUGAUAGUGACGAAAGCUCCAGCUCAUCAUCAUCCUCAUCAGAAUCUUCCGAAGAGUCGCCGAAGGGUAGAAAUAAGCCUUCCUCUGACAGCAGCUCUAGCUCUAGUUCUAGCGAAUCUGUUGAAGAUCACAAGGCAGAUUUUGAAAAGUUAUUCAACGAUUUUGCAGAUAAGUAUUACGAUUUCGUGAAGUCCGUAAACGACAAACGGAAGUCUGUGGCCAAAAAGUUUAGUGAAAACAAAUUAGUUUCAAAAGUUAAGAUUGCAGCUGUGGAUGAACUUAAGGUUAAACUUACAAUAAAGAUUGGCGAUGACGACGCAUUUAAGAAUAUCCAGAACUCGGAGGAUGCUGCUUUGAUUUUGCGUUACUUUAAAAACACCAUCGUGGCCAUAACCGAAUUAAGCGAAUUGAUAUUAAAAUAUCAUAGCUUGAAAAAACCGACUGCUGAAGAGAUACUAAUACAGGAAGCGCUCGAGCAGUGCGACGCUUAUGAAUUGCUCGAAAAAAUACAGAAACGUUUCGAAGAUUUCUGCAAAUCGUUCGGCGAAAAGGUACGCGAUUAUGUGAAAGACUUAACGAAGACGCAGAAGGCUAAGGAGACUAAAGUCGUCAACUGGUAUGAGGAAUUCAAGUCAACCGAUGGUUUCGGAAAUGAAGUUAUUAAACUAACCGAAUUCUUUUCGAUCAGCCAAACAAAUUUGUAAAACAUAUUAUAUAUAAGUGGUGAAUUGAGAAAUAAAUAUUAAAGCAAUUGAAGUAUAUUUUGAAAUAGCAAA